CGGCACUACCAGAGACUUAGUGUCGUGCAAAGUUCGCUCUCUUGGCAAAGUGAGCGCAGCUUUCUGGGAGAUGAGCCAAACUAACCAACGGUUGUUUGGUAGCACGGUUUGGCCACAGGGGGGGGAGAGCAGAAAGGAGGCAGGCGACGGUGGCACUGCUCCCAGCAUGUCGCAGAAAAGUGAGGAAAGUCGGCUCUACUUGGUGAAGAGCUCUUGUGGAAGCGGUGCUGCCCGGCACAGGGAACCAGACGAUGCGGACGCGAACGUCUACGCAUCCGGACGCGUUGGUGCCCAGAGCUGUGCCAUGGAGAACCACUCCCGUCAGACAGCUGCUGCACCUCAGGGGCUGAUGAGCACCGGCUGCCGAGUGGGCGACUCUGCUUCUUCUUCUUCCUGCGCCACAAUCUCAGAAACAACCCGGGAGCUGUGCAAGGCUGUGUCCGUGUCCCUGGGGCUCACCGUGGAGUCCACUGACCCCGGCGACAUGGACCCUGCUCUGCCCCCGUGUGCCGACCACCUCCGCGGCGGGGAGAGUUCCUACGGAUCCGGAGCGGUGAGCUGCUCCGGAUCCCUGCAGGCUGCCGGCUACAGGUGCCCGGACCGGGACGAGCGGCCCCUGGCCGGCCCCAAGCAACUGGUGGAAGUGUUUAAAAGUUUAGAGAGCGCUGCCCCCCUGCACCACUACACCUCCACUCGGACAUGUGAAGACGAGCCACACUUCAGCCUGUGUGAGCCGGAUGACAGGAGCCCGGCGCGCACACACCCGUGCCCGUACUCCGCGUCCGCGCCCGGCAGCCUGGCGCACUUCAGCCACGCCGGCCCGGAGAGGCCGAGCCGGGGCUACCGACCUCCGGACGAGGCCGUGGAGAGCAGGUUCCGCGGGUACCAGCCCGAACAGUACGGCGUCAAAGUCAAAUGCGAGGAGGAGGAGAGCCCCGGGGCUCCGUGGCCCGGGGAAUACACCUUCACCGACACGUACAGCUCCCCGCUGUGGGGCUCCCGGCACUGCGUAAAGGCGCGCGGCCCUGGCGCGGCCGGCGCGUUCAUAUGUAAUCCAUACGAGCACAGCGUGACGCGCACCGAGCACUGGUACCCGGCCGGGAUGCUGAGGCCCGGCGGCCCCAACCCCGGCUACGUGAAGGCGGAGGUGGACGAGUGGAUGGACGUCAACUACAACGACACGAGUGAUACUUUGUGUUGUAGAAACAGUCCUGUGAACUUCCAGCCUAUAGAAAAGUGCCCCAUGCAGCUGGAGCAGUUUGAGGGUGGCAGAGAGCACAUGUUCCCCAUGGAGUUCUUCUUCCCACCCCAGAGGACGUGCCUGAUCUGUUCAGAUGAGGCGUCUGGCUGCCAUUACGGUGCACUCACCUGUGGCAGCUGCAAGGUUUUCUUCAAAAGAGCUGCAGAAGUAGGCAAACAGAAAUACUUGUGUGCGAGCAAAAAUGACUGCACCAUCGAUAAGCUAAGAAGAAAGAACUGUCCUUCUUGUCGGCUGAAGAAGUGUUUUGAAGCUGGAAUGACACUUGGAGCACGUAAACUAAAGAAGAUCGGACAGCAGAAGAACCCUGAAGAGGAUCAUCCUGUGCAGGACUCUAUAGAGGUCAUCCAGAAUAUCUCUCCUAAGUCAGGCCUGAACUUGAACUCCCAGCUGGUCUUCCUCAACAUCCUGGAGUCCAUCGAGCCUGAGGUGGUGAACGCGGGACACGACUACGGCCAACCUGACUCAGCUGCCACCCUGCUCACCAGCCUCAACGAGCUGGGAGAGAGGCAACUGGUCAAAGUGGUCAAAUGGGCGAAAGUACUGCCAGGUUUUAGAAAUCUCCACGUGGAUGACCAAAUGACUGUCAUUCAACACUCAUGGAUGGGGGUGAUGGUGUUUGCCCUGGGAUGGAGGUCCUAUAAGAACGUCAAUGGCAGGAUGCUUUACUUCGCCCCAGAUUUGGUGUUCAACGAAAAUCGGAUGCACGUCUCCACCAUGUAUGAGCACUGCAUCCGGAUGAGGCAUCUCUCCCAGGAGUUCGUGCUGCUGCAGAUCACUCAGGAGGAGUUCCUGUGCAUGAAGGCCCUGCUCCUCUUCAGCAUUCUUCCAGUCGAGGGUCUGAAGAGUCAGAAGUACUUUGACGAGCUGCGUCUCACCUACAUCAACGAACUCGAUCGGCUCAUCAGCUGUCGAAUGACGAACAAUUGUUCUCAGAGGUUCUACCAGCUCACCCGUCUGCUGGACUCUCUCCAGAUGACGGUAAAGAAGCUCCACCAGUUUACAUUUGACCUUUUCGUCCAGGCUCAGUCACUCCCCAGCCAGGUCAGCUUUCCAGAGAUGAUUGGAGAAAUAAUAUCAGUUCAUGUACCACGGAUCCUGGCAGGUUUGGCUAAGCCCAUCUUGUUUCACCAGUAGACAGAUUUUUUUAUAUAAAAAAAUGACUACUCUGCUCUGCUGCCUGCAUAAACUUCAACAAAGGCUUUGCACUGUUUCCCUCCAUGUCCAACAUAAUAGCGCCAAGCUCUGUCCCACAAUCAUCAAUUUUAUUGCUCAAGCUUUUUUUUUUUUCCUUUUAGCCAUAAUUGAGAUUGUUUGCUCUGAACUGAUAAAGCUUUUAUCUGCAGAGCUGCGAGGCAUCAGCCAGUUGACAGCUCUGCUCUUUAUGAGUGGAGGGUUUUUUUAUUCUGCUCGGCCAGAGAUGCUACUUUACAUAUGCAGCAAGUCUGUAAAUCAUAAAAGUAGCAGGGUUAAAAACAUCAGGUUUUGCAUGUGACCUUCAUUAUACCAACACUUGAGGAGGUACACAUAAAUAUUAAAAAACAAGCAAAUGAAAGAUGGCCCAAAGAGCCGGAGAGAAAUGGAUCACCGUAAUAAACUGACACUCUGUUUUUAUAAAUGCUGCCUUCAGGUGCUGUGUGUGAAAUAGAAAGUGAUAAAUACAACUUGUAAGGAAUGAAAGAGGCUAAAAUUUGAAAAGUACAGGUUUAAGAUUUAGUUUCUAUCAUUCGCAAAAUUCAACUUGAAGACAUUUUUUUCAAAUUAAACUUCCUAAUACAUGCACAAGAUCCUGAAAUCCCAGUGUGGCAAUAAAAUGUGUUCAUAAACUGUGUUGAAUAAAUCAUCACUGAAAAACACUCAUUUGAUGUGUUACAAUACUUAACAUAGAGUAAAUUAAAAACAUUGGAUGUUUCAAAUCCAAUAGUAAGCUGUGAUAUUACAUCACUGUUACUAAGACUAAAGCGCUUACUUGGUUCUCAAUGAGGCGGAGGAAAUGACCACUCAGUUGUAUUUACCACUUGCUAGGUUUGACACUACAAUGUUUCUGAUGGCAGGGGCAGCUGUAAGUUAUUUAUAUUGUUUAUGUUUGACCUGUUGUAAAUAUGAGUAUUUAUAUCUGCCAGAUUGUGCUCAUUCAUUGGUUAAAAAUUAGUAUUUAAUAAAUCACAAUUACAAUAAAAUCAAAGAGUACUUUACCUUUUCUUUAAGAAAAAUGGUGGACAAGAUGACAGGUCAUAUCAGAUAUCAUAUCAGCAGGUGGCAGCCAUACAAGCAAAACUCAACAUUAUGCAUUUGAAACAUUAAAUACGUGUCACUAUCCUAAAAUCAAAUAUCAUACACCGUUUCUCAUAAGAUAGAGCAAAGUGUCUAAUUUGAACCAAGCCACAAAGGAAACAGUUAAACUGAAUUGAAUACACAAUCUUAGUCCUGUACGUAUGGCAGAAUUGACAGGAAACACACACUUCACUCACACAUGUUGUCUUCACACAGUCAGUCUCUCUGAGCCAGAACAAUAUGGACAUCUUGAGAAGACACUUCAGGUUGACAGUCAUUCUGCAUUUCAAACCUUUUCCCGUCCAGUUGAAAUGUUUUCUACUUGAUCGGCCCCCUGAUCCAGAUCUGCAUCAAAAUGUAAUGGGCUCUUCAUUGACACAUAUCACAUCCUUCUACCAAUUUUUGUGGAAAUCCGUCCAGUAAUGUUUACGUAGUGUUGCUUAAAAACAAACAAAUGAAAUUGCCACAGAAAAAACUGCCACAGGACAAACUAAUGAUUUGAAGUGGUUUUAGAAAAUAUUGUUAAAUGGUGAAUGAGAUGCAUGUGGCGCUCUGAGUCUUAACAACCAAUCAAGCCGUUUACACUACGAGUCACAUUCACCUGUUUACAUCCAUCCGCCAGAUUGACCCCCCAUCUGAUUAUUGUUACAUUUACCAUACACUACGUUAAAGAAAAGAAUCGAAGCCCUUCAGUCACUUACCAUUGUUCCUCCCAGACAACACGGUGUUGACAGCGUCAUGCAGACAAACACUGGUGCCAGAGAACUCCAAUUAUUGCAAUGAUGCCCCAACAGGACAAUAGAUAUAAAUUCAAAGCCAUCUUAAAACAGGAAGGCCCUUAGAUGUCAAAUGUGGAAAUCUAUGACUGCGGUUGCAAAAACCUCACAGAUAUUAUCGAAGAAAAGAAACCCCAGUGGAAUGCUUUGAAGAUAACCGAACACAGACACUGAAGGGGAGCUGAUGAGACGUGUCGCCAUUGAUCCAGUUGAACUCAUUCAUCAGGUUUUGCCUGAAUCCAGCUGGUGAAGCACUUUGUAUAUAUGUCCAAACACUCUUUGUGCAGUGAGUGUAACUAAGACUGAAUCCUUUCAGUAAAAGAGUCUGAAUCCAGCUGCUGCGAAAAGCAAACAAUAACUUCUGAGGCUUCUUCUGCCUUUUCAACAGUUUUCAACAAUGUUUUAAUAUUGUGUAAAUCCAACCCUUUUUUUAAAGACAGUUUCUUUUACACGCCUGACGAUGCAUGCACCAAGUGUAUAUCUGUCUGUGUAACGUCUAGCUUUACAAAAAGCACUGCCCAGACAUCCAUGUGUUCCUCGAGUUACCUUUGUGUUCUAUACUAUCUGACAGCUGUCCCCUGCAUUGAACGAUGGCGACACUAUCAGGAGGCAUGAAAAAUGUGUUGUACAGUGCACAGUGAUAAGAUGACAGUUUUCAUCCGUUAACGUAAGUGAAGCUUGUACCUAACUUCAUCCGCACAGGUUCCUCAUGUCUUUGUCUUGUCUUUUUUAUAUGAUAUUUGCUAUGUGAAAAGGACGGGGUGGGGGGGAGGAGAGGCGAUAUAGUCGCUACGGACAAGUAUAGUUCAUGCAUGAGUCUUGACCCCAAUGCACCUACUAAUUAUAGCCCUGAAACUUGAUAAAGACGUGUCUCCUAUCAGUUUAAAUGCUAUAGACAGACAUUGGAUUAAGACAGGAACCCAGAUAAAAUAUUAUUCUUGUGCAAAAGCAGUAAUAUGAUUUGGAUCAUUUAUAUUUUAAAUAAGCGGAAAAUGCUUAAGUUUUAUUCAAAUGAUAAAAUCCAGAAACAGAUAUUCAUGCCUUUCUACAUUUCCUGAAUGCACUAUGUUGUACCACUGUUCUUAACAGUUACACUUUGUUUCUCUUUAAUAUUGAUAAUAACACUGUUCUAAAUAAUGCAGUAGUCUGUUUCUAUUAAUCCUGUAUAGCUUUAUUAUGCAUUAGACGGGGCGGAAUCGGAAAACAUUACAGUGCCGGUGCCUCUCGCAUCUCAAUGAGCCACACACUGUCGAUGCCCCUGUUUUUUUUUCCCAAUACUGAAACGACUGAAUCACAGUAGGCUGUGUUUUGUUGGAUGUCAAUGGACAGUAGCUGGUAUGUGCCCGGUGUACUGCAUAUGAAGCUUGUUCUUUGUACAUGAAACAGUAACUGUAUAUAUUGAUUUGUUUAUCAUCUGUUUUGGUGUCUGGACACUUGACUUUUACAGUCAUCUCUUGUAUGAUUUAUACCUUUUGUGACUUGCUGUGUGUUUUUCCAAUUUGUGUAUUUUUCAAAAAGAUGUAAAGCUGCAUAAUCUUUUGAAAGCAAUUAAAAAAAAUACUUCUGA